CAGGAUGAAGGAGGUCCCGGGCGCCCCUCCUCCUCCGACCACGUCAUGGGGUCCUCUCCUUCGAGGGAGCAACAGUUCCCGCGCACUCCGUCUCCCACAGACACGCUCGCUCGCGCCAGAGCGCUAUGGGGAAGGGCAGCGACGAGAAGGGAAACUGCGCGGCGGCGGCGGCGGCGGCGGCUCUGGGUGCGCGGCCACCAAGCCAGCGGUAAACAUCUGCCUGACUUCACAGCAGCCGCUGGCACCGCCGGGACAGACAGGGCCGGCGCCUAGUCGCUGCGCUCUCGUAAGUGGCGCGUUCGCUGCUCAGGAGGGAAAGAAACUUUUAGAUGUCGUUGUUUGCCCGCCUUUCUUGCCUUGCUCUGAGGCAGCCUGAGGUGAGUGCCCUGAGGAAGCCGCUCGGAGUGCGGGGCGGCGGCGGCACUAAGGGAAGGGCAGAAAGAGGAACUGGAACUACUUGCCUCAAGAAGGAAGCGGCAAAGGGCGGGCGAGGAAGCGCGCGCGAGGUCCUCGCGGUUGGCUUUGGGGCUCAGGAGAAGGCGCAGCCUCUCACCCCCUUCAUUUCUCCCGCAGCAGAGCUCGGCGCUGCCAACUUGUGCAGGGACGACGCUCGGGAAGCCCCAUGUCCUCGGGACAAGCAAGCACGUGCAGGAGGAGGGCGACUUCCGAGUAAUUUCUGCGAAGUGCCUGUGCAGUUGAUCGGGCGUGCCUGCCGUUCGCUUUCCCCGCUGGCUAACAACAACCCCGCGUGGAGUUGAGGCGGAGCUCCGGCAAAGAAACCAAGGGCCGGCCGGCUAGCCCCUCCCUGAGAUAUCGCUCGGAUGGUUGCUUACAUUCCUUCCCCUCCUCAGUUCUUGCAAAACAGCCGGUUCGCGGAGGAGCGAGCAGACAGAAUGAAGAGACAUAAAUGCUCCUCUAAUUAUCCAACAAGACGGCAUCUCUUGAUCUUGUUUUUAACAGCGUGGCUGCUCUUGCUGCUGAAACUUCUCACAGUUGAGCUGCUCCCUCACAAAAAUAUUUAUUUUGUAGAACCUUUUUUAAGCACCUCAUCAUUUGUGAAAAACAAAUACCCAUUUUCCCAAAAAGGCACCCAGUAUGAGAUUAACUGUUCCUCCAUAUAUGAUCAGGAUCCUGUGGAGAUUGGGAAAUCUUUAGAGAUAAGGAGACAAUCCAUUAUCGAUUUAGAUGAUGAAGACGUUGUAACAAUGACUAGUAACUGCCAGCUGUACCGUGCAAUUAGAGGAUAUCACCUAAAGCCCGUCUCUCUGGAAGAGAAAAAAUUCCCAUUAGCUUAUUCUCUGGUUGUUCAUAAAGAUGCAGUAAUGGUUGAGAGGCUCAUCCAUACAAUAUACAGCAGUCAAAAUGUUUACUGUAUCCAUUAUGACAAAAAGUCCUCUAGCACUUUUAAGAAUGCUUUGGAUAAUCUGGCCAAAUGUUUCCCCAAUAUUUUCAUUGCGUCCAAAUUGGAGGUGGUGGAAUAUGCCCAUAUUUCAAGGCUCCAGGCAGAUUUGAAUUGCUUAUCUGAUUUGCUUAAGUCCUCCAUCCCAUGGAAGUAUGUAAUCAAUUUAUGUGGCCAAGAUUUCCCUCUGAGAUCAAACUUCGAGCUGGUGUCUGAAUUUAAGAAGUUAAAUGAAGGAAACAUGCUGGAGACAACCAAACCGAGUAGCAGUAAAAAGGAACGAUUUACCUAUCACUACGAACUUCAGAAAAUGCCUUAUGACAUGAAGAUGCCUGUGAAAACCAAUAUCUCUAAGGACCCACCACCCCACAAUAUUGAAGUUUUUGUAGGCAGUGCCUAUUUUGUGUUAUGUCGAGCUUUUGUACAGCAUGUCCUAAAAAGUUCCAUUGCUCAAGAUUUUUUUGAAUGGUCAAAGGACACUUAUUCACCCGAUGAACAUUUCUGGGCAACACUUGUUCGUGUUCCUGGAGCACCUGGAGGGAUUUCAAGGACAGCUCAGGAUAUCUCAGAUCUUCAGAGCAAAACUCGUUUAGUAAAAUGGAAUUACCUUGAAGACCAUCUCUAUCCUCCCUGUACUGGUACACAUCUCCGUAGUGUGUGCAUCUAUGCAGCUGCAGAAUUGAGGUGGCUUAUAAACUAUGGGCACUGGUUUGCUAACAAAUUCGACUCAAAAGUGGACCCGGUUUUAAUAAAAUGUUUGGCAGAAAUGCUUGCAGAUCAGCAGAAGGAAUGGGUUGACUUGUCUUCUGAAAAACUUUUUAUGCACAGGACAUUUACAGAUGUCUCAUAACAAUAUAGCAUACCUAUGGCUGGACUCCGGCCAUUUUUUAAAAUGUGGAAUUGCUGGAUCGAGCCAUAUCACUCCUUGGAAUACCUCCUAAAAGCAUCUCUCUGAUCUGUCUCAGUGGAAUUCUAGUACACUGCUAAUACGUGGAAUUAAAUGCAAGGCUUGUUUAGAUCCUUGGAGUAGAGGUAGGAUCAUGGGAAGUGAGAGGCACUCUACAGCAAUUCAAAAGACCAAGAAGGUCCUUGUCUUAAUCUGGUGGUUCUCAAUACUUUUGAACUCGGCGCCCCUUUACAAAUUUGCUCUGCUUUCUGCCACAGUGAAACCCAAACCGUUGACCAACGCAAGAUGAUUCUUGCAUGUUGUCAUGUGUAUGCAUGUUGCAUGCAAGGAUCUAUAGACAAGGAGUACCAAUCCAAAUCCAGCAUUAGAAGAAAAAAAAGAAGAGGGCAG